AUGUUUCCAGGGUCGAACCUGGCAAGUUCCCUGUUGGGAGCUGGCGGGCAGGAGCGGUGGCCGCUCAAGGGCCGGUCCGUUACGCACGUCGGGGAAGAGCAGCAGGCAGCGCCCUCCUGCAGUCGCUGGUCGCAGCGGGAUUGCACUUUGGCGCCGGUGCCUGUGUCGCUGGGUUGUGCGUCGCGUGGAAGUGAAUCGUUGCCUGUGCCUCCGCCGCCCCGCGGCCCCGCGGCCCCCAGCAGGGCCCUGGCCACCCCCGCGGGCUGCGGGAGCACCUUCAACGUGCAGGACGGCAGCGACUUCCAGGAGCGCGUCGUGAACAACCCCAAGCCCAUCGUGGUGGAUUUCCAUGCACAGUGGUGCGGGCCCUGCAAGAUCCUUGGCCCCAGGCUGGAGAAGAUGGUGGCCAAGCAGGAGGGGAAGGUGCUGAUGGCUAAAGUGGACAUUGAUGAUCACACGGACCUUGCUAUUGAGUACGAGGUGUCAGCAGUGCCAACCGUGCUCGCCAUGAAGAACGGAGACGUUGUGGAUAAGUUUGUGGGCAUAAAAGAUGAGGAUCAGCUGGAAGCAUUCCUCAAGAAACUCAUCGGACCCUGAAAUGAAAAGGUGGCUGUUGCUCUACCUCUGGACGCGUCCAUGUCAUGCAUUCCUUGCCUGGGAGAGCCGAGGGCGCAUGACCUGCCCGCCUUCUAAAACCUGGCGGUUUGUUCUGUCUGGGGGUGCUUAAGAGAUGAACAAUGUUGUAACCUUUCCUUCCCGCUCCCCCCUUCUCUUGGGCAGCAGUAGGUGCAGGAGGUGCUGAGGAGCGUGGCUGCUCAUUCUCAAAGGGGAGAAUGUGGCUGGAAUCAGGAGCCCGUCUUUAUCAGCAAAGGGCUGACGUGCAGAACUGCUGCUGAGUUAGAGGAAUGUUUUUUCCCUUUGCCUAGUGUCAGAUAGCCCAGAGCAGAGGGCAGUUACUCCCUGCCAGACGUGUGCACAUACCUGCCCUGGGUGGGUUUGUUGAAAGCCAAGAAUGCGUCUGCAUUGUCUGUGAAACCUGCGUCCUUGUCCCUCUGUCCUCGUGUUGCUGGGGCACGUAUGAGUCUCCUGCAGAUCUGUGCGCUCCUGUCUUUUAUAAGAGGAAAUAGAAGUAUUUUGUGGGUCUCCUUUUGUAGGUCUGUAAUAAAGAUAACUUUAUUGAUCAGUUCUAUACACUUGGAGAAUAAAACUUGAUUCUCUGAAA